AUGGAGGGAUUUAUUGAUAGACAAAGGACNUUGAGUGAGUUGUUCCAGACAGCGCCUAAUGUGGUUUCCACUGGUCUUCGAUUAUCUCAUGAGCAGUCACAGAAUCAUCAAGAUCAGUUUCUUUCUUCUUUUUCUAUGCUUCCCGGAGAACUCGCCGGAGAAAUGAAACGACAAAGAUAUGAAUUAGACAGUUUCAUUCAGACACAGGGUGAGGAGCUGCGACGUACGUUAGCGGAUAACAGAGAGAGGCGCUACGUAGAGCUAUUGUGCGUGACGGAGGAGUUAGUUGGACGGAAGGUGAGAGAAAAAGAAGCGGAGUUGGAAAGAGCCACGCGCCGUCACGCUGAGCUACAGGCGCGUGCAGCUCAUCUCGCGGAAGAGGCGCGAAACUGGCAGUUAAGAGCGUCGACGCGGGAAGCCGAGGUGUCCGCGUUACAGGCUCAUCUCCAACAAGUCAUAGCGAGCCGCCGUGAUAUUACGGCGAAACAGAGUACGAACGGAGGCGGCGACGACGACGCGGAGGAAGCCGCCGAAGACGCCGAAUCGGUGUACCUGGAUCCGGAGCGGACAGAAAUGAUCGGACCUAGUUGUAGGAUUUGCCGGCGGGAAUAUGCGACGGUGAUGGCAUUGCCGUGUCGACAUUUAGUUCUAUGUAACGGUUGCGACGGCGGGGCAGUGCGAGUCUGUCCGAUUUGCCUCGCCGUGAAAAUAGCCGGUGUCGAGGUUUUAUUUUCUUGAAUGGAGGGAUUUAUUGA